CACCAACCUACCACUGCGUCGACAGAAGGAGUGCUCAAGUAGGUGAUAGGACGGAAAUUAAGUAUCGCCACGAUGGUUAGGUCAACACAGAUUGCCAGAAUUGAUGGCUUGAUGCUGGCGGCAUCGGUGGAUGAUGAGCAGGCUGAAGUGGAGCUCUCUGAGAUCAAGUCUCAGGCUAAGAUGAUCUUUCGCCGAUUGAAUCGCAAUUCGGCGCCGCAAGCCAGUAUUGAGUCCGGUCAAUUUAAUCUACACUAUCUUAUCAAGGAUGAUAUCUGCUUCCUUUGCAUAUGCGAUCACUCCUAUCCGCGCAAGCUUGCAUUCACCUAUCUAGCCGAUCUCGCAACCGAGUUCACUACGACGUAUUCCCCGACACAGUAUCAAUCUCCGACUCUGCGCCCAUAUGCCUUUGUGGAAUUCGACACUUUCAUUCAGCGCACCAAAAAGCUCUACCAGGAUAGCCGCGCAUCGCAAAAUCUCGACCGUCUUAAUGAUGAGCUCCGGGACGUGACGAAAGUGAUGACCAAGAACAUCGAGGACCUUCUAUACAGAGGCGAUAGCUUGGAGAGGAUGGGCGAAUUGUCGGGCCGUCUACGGGAAGACAGCAAGAAGUACAGAAAGGCCGCGGUACGGAUCAACUGGGAGUUGUUGGUCAAGCAGGUAGGUUCAAUGUUGAUGUGACGGCAGACUUGACGCUAACCUGUCGCAGUACGGACCUGUCGCAGGUGUUGGGUUUAUCUUCCUUUUCCUCAUUUGGUGGCGCUUCUUUUAAUUGCGGGCAAAAGCGGCUCCGAAACUCGAUACCCGCUAAUAUGAUUGUAUGCAUAGAUAAUGUCUCUGGUGGUUGCAGGACACCAUCCCCCUAAGCCCAGGACUUAAUCAGCUC